AUAAAAAAAUUACAUCUUAAUUUUAAGGACCGCAUUGAAUUAUUUAAUAGAAACAUAUUACCUAAAUGCCAUUAACAGCUAGACAAAGAAGUAUACACAAUAAAAAUGGGACUAAAAGAUCAGCUAGUUUCAGUAAAGGAAAGAAAACACGUAAAGCAAGCGAAAGUGAAUUCCUUAUGACGAAUGCUCCGUCAGACUUACGCAGCAUAGCAUACCCAGGAGGUGCAGUAGCACUGGUGCUUUUGUUGACUUCUCGACUUUUAGCAGCAUAUUGGAGUCACAUAUCAGAUUGUGAUGAAACAUAUAACUAUUGGGAACCAUUGCAUUUUCUUGUGUAUGGCAGUGGUUUACAAACAUGGGAGUACAGCCCAGCAUAUGCAAUACGGUCAUACAUGCCACUGUGGCUGUUUGCAUUACCUGCAAAAAUAUUGUCUUACGUAAUGGCUCCUGUAACGGUAUUUUAUACUAUACGAGUAAUACUGGCUACUUUAUCUGCAAGUGCUGAUUUCAUGUUUUACAAAGCUAUAUGCCACGAGUUUGGUGUGCACGUGGGUCGUGUUUGGCUUUGCCUGACACUGCCGGCGGCGGGCAUGUUUGCGAGCUCCGCCGCGAUGUUGCCGUCCGCAUGGAGCUCUGCACUAGUGGCUGCAGCGCUUGCUUGCUGGUGGCGGAAACGGUAUCCAUAUGCUGUGAUGCUCAUUGCUACCACUACUUUACUUAGUUGGCCAUUUACUGCAAUCCUGGGGUUGCCCAUAGCAAUAGAUAUGCUGUUACUUAAAAGGCAGUACACAGAGUUCAUAAAAUGGUCAUUUAUAUCUCUGUUAGUGAUACUACUCCCUACAGUGGCGGUGGACUCAUGGCAUUAUGGACGUCUGGUUGUCGCACCAUGGAACAUUGUCGCAUACAACAUAUUCACUGAACACGGACCUGAUCUGUACGGAGUUGAACCCUGGACUUACUACUUUGUUAAUGGCUUCUUGAAUUUUAAUAUUGUUUGGGUCCUUUCCCUGUCGUGCCCACUGUUGUUAACCGCGUGCACAGCUGUAGCGCCGCGCUCCACAUCGCGCGCUGGCUUCUGCGUACCAUACUGGCUCGCCUUACUACCUCUAGCACUCUGGCUGGCGGUCUUCAUGCUGCAACCGCACAAGGAAGAGAGAUUCCUGUAUCCAGUGUACAGUAUGAUAGUGCUCACUGGAGCGAUAUCACUGGACUGUCUGCAGAAGAUGACAUUUGCUGUCGGCACUGAACUUUUUAGCUGGCGUAAGGAUAGAGAGAAAAGGCAUUAUUUAGCAUACACCGGACCACUUAUGGUGAUGUUUGUCAUCUUAGCUGGAAUAGGAGGUAUAUCUCGUAUAACCGCUCUAUACAACAACUACCAUGGACCAAUGACACUCCUCCGGCACAUACCAGAGAGCAGCGAGUUUGGUAUACUCUGCUUCGGCAAGGAGUGGUACCGUUCACCUUCCAGCUGGCAUCUGCCGCAUCAUCACCGCAUGCGUUUCAUCACCAGUCAAUUUGAUGGUCAAUUACCGGCACCAUACCAGGAGACUAGUGAUGGUACUCGUAUCAUCCACCCGUAUUUCAAUGACCAAAAUAAAGGUGACAAUCGAACCUACGUCGAUGUGUCACAAUGUCACUACUUGGUGGACUCGGACAUUGGCACUCCCACCAGAGUUGAACCUGCGUACCACAAGCAGACCAACAAAUGGGACAUCAUCGCUACUGUACCAUUACUGGACUCCAGCAAAUCUCAUCCAUUAUUUAGAUCAUUUUAUAUUCCCGCAUUGUCGUAUAAAAAUAUAGUUUACGCGAAUUUAUAUCUUUUGAGGAACAAAUUGUUGACCAAUUAAGGUUAUUUUGCUUUGACACACUUUUGCUGGGAAAGGUCAUCUGUUUUAUUUUUUUAA